AUGCAUCGUCCAACAUCAUGGCUCAUGUCACUCUCCACCGUCCUCCUGGCGGCAUCGUCCACGGCCGCAGCGGGCAACUUGCAAUGUGAAAAGAUCAUCGUGGACGGCCAGUUGUUUGACCUGUCAAAGCUGGGAGGUCCCCACUCUGUGGUGACGUCGCGGUGGGAGUCUCUCGCCGAGACGCACUUCAACACGACGUAUACGGUGGACAUUUGCAAGCCCCUCAAGAAGAGCGGUGGUGACAAGAAGGGUGAUCAGUGCCCCAACGGAACCAGAGUCUGUGCCAUCGAACGAACUAUCAAGGACGAAGCGGACCUGGUGACCAAGGUUGUCGCCGUGGCGGGCAACCUCGAGAACGUCGGCGGCACGGGAUUCGAGUACGAGGCCACGAGGCUCAAGACGAGCGACUCCAAUUCGGACUCGAAAAAGGAGGGGCUGCGCCUGGUCCUCAAGGGUGGGAAGCACCCCCUCUCCGGCCCCGUCAAGCAGAGGCGUCAGCAGCAGGCCGUCCUCGAGUUCCUGUGCGAUACGAACAGGACCGGUCUGGAGGGGGAGUGGGCGUCCGAAGACGAGUAUGAGACCGCUACGGCUACGACUACGACUGCAACCGGCCAGCCCCUGCAGGCUCGUGGUGAGGGAGAGGGCAAGGACGGAGGCGACGAGGACGACGACGGCUCCGAGUCCGGGAUAGAGCAUCAGCUCGUCAAGAAUGACACGGCUCUCAUCUGGGACGGCUACGGCUUCAACAAGGACAAGGAUGCUGAUAUCCUCCGUCUGACGUGGCAUACAAAGUAUGCCUGUGAGAAGCGCGAUGGCGACGGUGGAGGCGACGGCAAGGAUGGCGAAGAUGGCUCCAAAAAGCCUCAGAGCUGGGGCUUCUUUACCUGGGCGUUUAUUCUCGUCUUCAUGGGAACCGCCGCGUACCUCAUCUUUGGAUCGUGGCUCAACUACACGCGCUACGGAGCCCGCGGCUGGGACCUCGUCCCCCACGGCGACACGCUCCGCGACGUGCCCUUCCUACUUAAGGACUGGACCCGUCGGGUUCUCAACACGGUCCAGGGAACUGGAAACCGUGGCGGGUACAGUGCAGUCUAG